CUCUCUCUCUCUCUCUCUCUCUCUCUCUCUCUCUCAGCUGAGAAAAAUGUCACAGGGCGAUCAUGGAGGAAUGAACAUGCCUCCUGGUUCAAUGCCCAUGAGCAACUCAUCCUCGAGCGGCUACGACGGCAUGAACAUGAAGAUGAUGAUGCACAUGAGCUUCUACUGGGGCAAGGACGCCAUCAUCCUCUUCUCCAGUUGGCCGGAGCAGCGGCUCAGCAUGUACGUGCUGGCUCUCUUCUUCGUCUUCCUCUUGGCCUUGGCAGUGGAGGUUUUGUCCAUCUCUCCUGCCAUCAAGACCGGCACGAACCCGAUCGUGGGCGGUGGGAUGCAGGCCACUAUAUACGGGUUGAAGAUGGCCUUGGCCUAUAUGGUGAUGCUCUCCAUCAUGUCCUUCAACGUCGGGGUCUUUAUCGUGGCUGUGAUCGGCCAUGCUUUCGGCUUCUUUCUAGUCAAGAAUUGGGCUCUGGCAGCAGCGAAUAAAGCGGCCGCAGCUAGUUCCUCUGCCGCAGGGGAUGCUGCUAAAGUUUAAGUGUAGUUGCUUGUCACUUGUUAUUAAUUUCUCCCGCCAUAUAAGAUAUAAGAUAUGAAAUUAUGAAC